AUGACAGUCGGCUGUCAUCGCAUGACCAGCAAAAGUGUCUAAAUUCCGCGUGUUGAACUUUUCCGUGGUUUCUGUGGCAAGUGAGGAGGCUCCAUUGCUAUUUCAUCCAUGGUGAUUUGGCUGUGAGGACAUCAGCAUGUCGACGAUUCUCAUCACUAUCAAGACGCUCCAGCAGCACACCUUCCAGAUUGAAUUCGACGUGACUCAGACGGUGCGGCAGCUGAAGGAGAAAAUUGAAGAAGAACGCGGACGUGACUUCCCUGCCGACGGCCAGCUGCUCAUUUAUGGUGGCGUCAGACUGGACAACACACGCACCGUCGCUUCGUACAACGUGGAGGAGCGCAAAUUUAUAGUGUUGAUGCUGCAGAAGUCACGGCAAACCAAGGAGUCGGAGCCCGAGAGUUCCACCAAAAAGACCGAGGAGAAGACGCCCGAGCCGACAGGGUCGGAGCUGUCUAAAGAAGCAGCGAAGAUGAGCCUAGCUGAGGCUUCAGAGUCUCCUAUGCAAGUUGCUGAGUCUCGUCUGCUCAUGGGGAAUGAAUACAACAAUAUGGUGGAUAACUUAGUUGAAAUGGGCUACACGACUGAACAAGUCCACAAAGCAUUGCAGGCAAGCUUCAAUAAUCCAGAGCGUGCUGUAGAGUACCUGUUGUCUGGAAUUCCCGAAGAUGCCGCUGAGGAAUCACUUGUUAACGAGGAUGUUCUGGAACGUCGCGCCAACGCUAGCGGGAGAGUUAUUGACUUCGAUGAUCCGCUGGACUUUCUUAGGGAACAGCCACAGUUCCAUCAGAUGCGCUACCUUAUCCAACAGAAUCCGAGCUUUCUGCAUACACUUCUGCAGCAAGUGGGUCAGACCAAUCCGGCCUUGCUGCGUCUUAUCUCAGAAAACCAAGAGACAUUUGUAAAUAUGCUUAACGAGCCCUACGAUCCCGACAACCAUCCUGCUGCCACGGUAUCUUCUGGGAUAUUGCAAAGUGAUUCGGAUCGCUCCGCUUCUUCCGCAGAAGGCGUCGCUCCAGAGCAAAGUGAGGCUGCUGGAACAGCUCCAACAUCAGACACAAAUCCAUAUAAUCUCACUCCAGAGGACAUCGCUGCGAUUGAAAGACUGAAGGAACUAGGAUUUUCGGAGCAAGAAGUUAUUGAAGCUUACCUGGCCUGCGGAAAGAACGAGAACGUUGCGGCAAAUUUUCUCUUCUCAUAAUAUAACCAGCUAACCUAAGUCCGUUUGUCUCCUUUUGAAAUCGAACGCCCUGAUUUCAUUACCAUCAAUUAUGAAUUUCUUUUGUGCCUUCGAUGUGGAGACAGGCUUAAGGAAAUUAAAGUAAAAAUAAUAAUUGGUUUUCUAAA